CUCCGUCAGUUCAUUGAUGGCGAGCGCGGUGCGCAGGCGCAACCACCACGCUGCCACUCCACAACCACUCGCCGAAGCGCGCGCAACAUGGCGGCCCAACAGUGUCUGCCUGUUUUAUGCGUUAUCCUUGUCGUGGCGUUUGCCGAGCCGACUCCAGGAAGGGUUCCGAAGGUGUAUAACGCCCUUAUCACAUCAAACCAGAACUUAGAACCGAGCAAGGCCUUCCCUUUGUACCAGCCCGUUUUACACAACACUUUCCCGUUCCCUCUCCAAACGGUCGUCUAUGGAGACUUGCCUUUAGCAAACGGUUUUCUUCCUGUUCCCGCAUCGCUCCCUAAAGAUACCAAUAUCAAACCUGAACAAACACCGUCAUCGACACCCGAGGCUCCAGUAGUCGCAGAAGCUUCAGAGCAACCUACUCAAGCACCUGAACCGAGUAGCCCAGCCCCAGAAGACGAUAAAGCAACACAAGCACCACCAUUAGCUCCGAAAACCGAAUCACCUGUACCUCUUAACGAAUUCGGCUUGCCACCACAAGUCCUCCCUCUAGGACGUAUAAACCCAGCUUAUCAGUUUACUCAUCUACCUACUUAUCCAUAUGCAUACCCUGGUCUUAGAUUCUAUGAUCCUUACGAUCCUUUUGGAUUCCAUACUUAUGCCAACUGGCCAUUGUAUCAACCAUUGACAAAUUUUAUAGGGCAGCCACUAAUACCUGCAUACAAAGCUGAAUCUCCCGUGGUUUCCUCUCCAGCUGGUGACAAAUCUUCAUCCACUCCGCCACCCGAACCAAGCGAUCUUAACGUUCUCAACUAUUCCAAUAAAGAUCCUGCUAUACCUAAUGUUCCACCGCCGCCAUUACCACAGGGUGGUUUGAAAGCCGAUACCGAAUAAAAUGAAAAUGUAAAAGAAAUUUUCAUUUAAUCUAAUCUCAAUCAAAUGAAAUCUCGACUCUUAAAUCUUGUCUAUUAUGUUUAAGAAAUAUUGUAUAUAAGUUAUAUUGUACGUUCAUAUCUGUAAUGCUAAGAUUAACACCUUGAAAACAAACCAUACUAUUAAUAUAGUUAUCAUACUUAUACAAUGUACUUACUUUGUGUAAAAAUAAAGUUCCUUAAAUUUAA